AUGGCAAGGGAAGUGUUUGAUUCACGUGGGUUCUCCUCCGCUCGCAGCGGCAGGUCCUUGUUUGGCGAGGAGAAGCCUCGCCCAUUCGGCAGGCCCGCGAGGUCUGAAGCUACUGAGGAUCUGAGCACCGCGGACGACCUCAUCUUCACGCGCUUGAAGACGAUCUUCCGCGGCCCGGUUUCGUGCGUGGACAGGGAUUUAAAUUUUGAGAAUGCAUUCAGCAGGUCGCUGUCGGACCCGGAGGACCCCCUCGUGAGGGGUCUGUACGCCGGGGACAUGUCCGGCACCUGCAACACAUCGCUCACGAGCUUCGACAUGAGCUCGUGUGGAGUCAUGGCCGGCGUUGACUCCGUCAGCAAGCUCGGCUUCGGCGAGAGCGUGAUGUGCCUGGACUCACUGGCGCAGGCACUGGCGGCCGACUCCGCCUCGUACGCCGACAAGGAGAAGGCGGCGACGCAGACGGAGACUCCGCUGACCCAUCUGGCGUCCAUCGAGACCGUUGCGACCCAGGAUGUGCUGACGCCGCUGGGCGCCGGGUCCGUGGAGCUCGGCUGCGACUUCGCCGACCGCGUGGGUAAGCUGCUGGGCCGCUGCAUGGACGGCGACGAGAUGGCGCAGAAGGAGCUGGCCACGCUCUGCGCUAAUGAAUUCAACUUGCCGGACGCCGUUCUGUCGCCCGCCUCCGUGUCGGCGCUGCUCAGGUUCUGCAUGCUCAAAGGUCAGCUGUAUUUCGCCGGGCAGCUGCUGCAGGUGGCGUGGCACUCGCGUCUGUACCUGGCUCCGAGCGACCAGUCGCAGGUGCUGCUGUCUCUGUGCUCGUCCGAGGCCGUCGGUCUGCUGCGCAGCCUGCUUGCCAAGCUCCCGCUCGACGUCCCGGAGAGCGAGGAGGUCAUGUCGUUGUUUGUGAAGGGCGUGAUAAAGGCGUCGAGGGACUCCACGUCGGAGGCCCUGUCCAACUUCGCUUCGGUACUCGUUGACUGCGGUCCCGACGCCUUGGGGGAGCGCGCGAUCCGUCUGGUCGAGUUGUUCUUCAGGGAGGUAGACGAUGCGUCGUACUCGAUGGAUAUCGUCGGGACCGUGCAGCGGAUAUGUGCCCUGGAUGUGUUCAAUGAAGUGUCCACCGCGUGCAGAUUCCAGGCCUGCAGGCUGCUGUGCUGCGGGCAGCCCAGCGAGAAGGCUGACGGCUGCAUCAAGUCGAUUUUGGAGGGCGAGGGCGCGAACGUGUCGUUCAUGGAAUACGUGGUCAAGCACGAGACCGCGUCGUACGUCACUGUGGUUAGCCGUCUCAUCGCCAUGAACGCCAUCGGCGCUCUUGAUUUCCUGUGUGCGCUGUCGUUGGGUCACCACCUGUCGCAGUCGGGCGCCACCGUGCUGAAGAUCUGCCUGGCGGCGCAGCAGAACCUGCGGAGCAUAGUGCCGGAGGAGCUGUGCAUGCCUGAAUUCGGCGACUUCGAGUUCCUGUCGUGCGUCGGCGUGAACUCGUUCAUCCAGCAGAUUGGCCCGAACAUCCCCUCGACCAUGCUGGGCGUCUGCACGGCGGUGUCUGGCAUCGGUAAGGAGGUGUUCACCCCCUUGGUGGAGACGUGCCUGCUGGUUACUGACCACGCCGCUGCGGAGUCGGUGAUCAGGUACAUGAACGAGUACUACGGCCACAUCCCGUCGACGCUGGUGGUGAGCUGCUUGAAGAUCCACCUGCUGCGCGGCAACUUCCGUUACGUGCUGGAGAGGCUGGUGAAGAAGGACAGGCUCGGCAGCAUCUUCCGCGACCGCAUGAACCGCACCGUGUGCGCCGGCGUGGCCGAAUUCGGGCUGCGCGUGGCGAUCUCCGUGCUGAACUUCGAUAUCGGCUUCGAGUUCCUGAGGCACUGCGACACCAUGGACCGCAUCAGCGAGGAGCUGUCCGAGCUGCUGCAGCUGCUGCCGCCGCAUCUGCACUCGCGCAGCAAGGUUGACGAGUUCGUGACCCUGUGCGAGAGGCUGAACCUCGACGAGAAUGCGUUUUCCGUGGCGCUGGACUGCUGCCUGAGGCUGAAGAACUCCAAGCGUCUGCUGAGGCUGAUCAACAAGUUCCGGCGCAUGGGCCUGCAGCCGCAGCUGCAGACGUGCGGCGUGAUCAUAAAGUCGCUGGCGUGCUGCGGGAGGAUCGCCGAGUGCCGGGAGAUCUGGCAGGAGAUGACCGCCAACGGGUCGCACGAGCCGAACGAGGUGACGUACGGCAUCAUGCUGGACGCGUACGUGAGCAACAACCGCAUGGACGAGGCGAUGGCGCUGCUGCAUGAGAUGAAGCACCGGGGCAACGUGCGGCCGAACACGAUCAUGUACACGACGCUCAUCAAGGGUUUCGGCCAGAACCGCCAGCUGAGCAGGGCGAUGAGCAUCUACGACAUGAUGGUGUCAGAGGGUGUUGCGCGCAACACCGUGACGUACAACUCGAUCAUCGACGCGUGCGCUCGCGUGGGCGACAUGAAGUCCGCCGCUGCCUUGCUGGAGGAGAUGAUGAUGAACCAGAUCGAGCCCGACCUGAUAACCUUCUCCACCAUCAUCAAGGGCUACUGCGUGCAGUGCAACAUGGACCAGUCGUUCCAGCUGCUGAGCAUCAUGUACGAGCGCGGUAUAAAGCCGGACGGCAUCCUGUACAACAGCCUGCUGGAGGGGUGCGUGAAGAGCGGGCGCCUGUGGCUCUGUGAGAAGUUGUGGGAGCAGAUGCGCCUGCACGGCAUAGCGCCCUCGAACUUCACGCUGACCAUCCUCAUCAAGAUGUACGGUCGCAGCGGCCAGCUGGACAAGGUGUUCGACCUGGUCGGCCGCCUCCCCGUCGAGUACGGGUUCACCAUCAACGCGCACGUGUACACGUGCCUGAUGAGCGCGUGCAUCACCAACGGGCGGUACUCGACUGCCCUCGACAUCUACCGCUGCGUGAAGGACGGCAGCAUCAAGCCCGACGCGAAGACGUACGAGACCCUGAUCCAGGGCGUCAUCCGGGGUAACCUGUACGCCGAGGCGGCUGACCUUCUGCGCGACAUGUACCACCUCGACGGCAGCAUGUCGGAGAUCGGCUCCGACCUCGCGGUGCUGCAGAAGAUCAACACGCGCGUUUUGGAGAACCUGUUCCACAAGCUGCAGCACGUCCGGCUCGACGAAGACGUGGCCAGCACCUACCGAGCGCUGAGCCGGCGGUUGCAGUCUAUGGGAGUGAACGUGCACUUCCAUUAG